AUGAGCGAUAAAGAAGUUGUAUCGGGCUUCCCAGAGUGCUGGACCCCGGAUAUUGUGGUAGGAAUUGACUUUGGCAUGACCUUUACGGGUGUCGCGUACUCCUGUGGUCCCGAAUGGUCCUCGCCGAAGACCAUACAGCGUUGGCCGGGAACGCUGCUCAGCGAGCUGGCAAACAAAGUGCCGACUUCCCUGGAAUACUGUUCGGAAUCCGGUCUCCUUCAGAAUUGGGGAUUUAAGUGUGAUCCCGAAGCGAAGGGAUCCGAUAUCAAGGAGUUCUUCAAGCUACACCUGGCACCUCAGGAUCACGAUGAGUUUCGGGGGGGUUCUACUAGACAGGAGGCCCAGCGCUGGUUCCAGGACUUUAUCCUAUGCAUCUACCAGCACACCGUCUCCCUCUUCAAUAACACAAUACCUCAUUUUGGCUCGCGACAAGUCGAAUUUUCCUUCAGCGUGCCGACCACGUGGAAGGAUGUGCGCAUGGUGCAGGAAACUCGGGAGAUACUUGAGCGCGUGAUCAACACAAAAACACCGCGCCAUCGCGCUUAUAUAGGUCUCACCGAGGCGGAGGCAGCAGCAGUAUAUGCCGGAAAUGAACAUUAUUUGGACGUGAAUGUCCUAAAGCUUAUAUCAGAUCGAGGUGAACCAACUAGGCUGGAACAACUGGGUCACGUUGAAGGACAACCAAUCGGCUCUGUCUUCAUCGACAGAAAUAUCCACCAUCUCAUAUCCCAAAGAUUGAACAAGGUUCGCGACUAUUUAAAGCUCUCGCCGAGCGAUGUGGCAUGGAUGAUGAUUUCAGGUUUCUUCCAAAGGAUGAAAUGUUCCUUUGGUACCGAUUCUAUACUCACGCCGUGGCUGAUGCUGGAUGUUCCAAAAUUGGAAUCUGCGUUGGACUUCCCAGAAGCAGAGAUUUAUAAUGGGAAAAUGUGGAUUGCAUGGGACCAUAUUCAGGACUGCUUUGACUUAAUGAUAGAUAAAAUGUGCGCUCUCCUGGACGGGCAUAUUCGCCAAACGCACUCCAAGUACCCAGGAGACAAAAUAAAGUACCUUGUUCUCUCCGGGGGGUUUGGCAGCUCCCCAUAUGUAAGACAGCGUUUAGAAGAGAAAUUCGGCAGUUCCGCCGUCAACAAACGUCCGAAUGCCGAAGACAUGCAAAUUCUUGUAGCGGAUGAGCCCCCCGCACCCCCGUUUGACAGACAACUUGUAGUGGUCCAUGGUCUCGUUCUGGAUCGCAUCCAGCAGAUAAAACGCGGAGUGGUCACGUUUGGGUCGAGAUGCGCUCCCGUCAGUUACGGCAUCACGUGCGACAAACUAUAUGACCCGAACGAACACGUUGGGGAGCCAGUGCGUCUGGACCCUCGGGAUAACAACAUGUUCGCUGUGGAUCAAAUCGACUGGCUUGUGGUUCAGGCAAGACUUCCAUCUUUCCCAUGGCAAUGUCUGACGAGAGACUUUCAGCUCAAGGUAGACCCGGGUCAAGAGAAUGAUCAGCGGAAGUUACAAAUCGUCAUGUCGACCCUCCCCCCUGACAGUCUACCACGCAGCGUGAGGGAAAAUGGUAUACAGAAAGUCUGCGAUCUUGAUAUUUCCACUGAAGAAGUUGACAAGAAGCUCAAGAAUCGUCACUGGUACAGCAUUAAACCUCACUUUUGGCGGGUUGCGUUCGAGGUGAAGAUCGUGGUUGGGCCUGCCGAUCUGUCCUUCCAGCUAUGGUCCAAGGAUAAGAAGAUUCGCAGCGGAAAACAUGAACCAAUUGAAGUAACUUGGAUGCCUGCGCAAGAUUUACUAGAGGCUUGA